GAGUGCAGAGAGAGAGAGAGAGAGAAGGGAGAGAGAGAGAGGCUCGGUCCCACGGCUCUCUGCACCGCGGUCCCGGGAUUCUUGAGCUGUGCCCAGCUGACGAGCUUUUGAAGAUGGCACAAUAACCGUCCAGUGAUGCCUGACCAUGACAGCACAGCCCUCUUAAGCCGGCAAACCAAGAGGAGAAGAGUUGACAUUGGAGUGAAAAGGACGGUAGGGACGGCAUCUGCAUUUUUUGCUAAGGCAAGAGCAACGUUUUUUAGUGCCAUGAAUCCCCAAGGUUCUGAGCAGGACGUUGAGUAUUCAGUAGUACAGCACGCAGAUGGGGAAAAGUCAAAUGUACUCCGCAAACUGCUGAAGAGGGCGAACUCGUAUGAAGAUGCCAUGAUGCCUUUUCCAGGGGCAACCAUCAUUUCCCAGCUGUUGAAAAAUAACAUGAACAAAAAUGGUGGCACCGAGCCCAGUUUCCAAGCCAGCGGUCUCUCUAGUACAGGCUCCGAAGUACAUCAAGAGGAUAUAUGCAGCAACUCUUCAAGAGACAGCCCUCCAGAGUGUCUUUCUCCUUUUGGCAGGCCUACUAUGAGCCAGUUUGAUAUGGAUCGCUUAUGUGAUGAGCACCUGAGAGCAAAACGCGCCCGGGUUGAGAAUAUCAUUCGGGGGAUGAGCCAUUCCCCGAGUGUGGCAUUAAGGGGCAAUGAAAAUGAAAGAGAGAUGGCCCCGCAGUCUGUGAGUCCCCGAGAAAGUUACCGGGAAAACAAACGCAAGCAGAAGCUGCCCCAGCAGCAGCAACAGAGUUUCCAGCAGCUGGUUUCAGCCCGAAAAGAACAGAAGCGAGAGGAACGCCGACAGCUGAAACAGCAGCUGGAAGACAUGCAGAAACAGCUGCGCCAGCUGCAGGAAAAGUUCUACCAAAUCUAUGACAGCACUGAUUCUGAAAAUGAUGAAGAUGGUAACCUGUCUGAAGACAGCAUGCGCUCCGAGAUCCUGGAAGCCCGGGCUCAGGACUCUGUAGGGAGGUCAGACAACGAGAUGUGUGAACUAGACCCAGGACAGUUCAUUGACCGGGCUCGAGCCCUGAUCAGGGAGCAGGAGCUGGUGGAAAACAAGCCCAAGAGAGAAGGGAACAACAAAGAAAGAGACCACGGGCCAAACUCCUUACAACCCGAAGGCAAACAUUUGGCCGAGACCUUGAAACAAGAACUGAACACUGCCAUGUCGCAAGUUGUGGACACUGUGGUCAAAGUCUUCUCGGCUAAACCCUCCCGCCAGCUUCCUCAGGGUUUCCCACCACUGCAGAUGCCCCAGGCCAGAUUCGCAGUCAACGGGGAGAACCACAAUUUCCACACUGCCAACCAGCGCCUGCAGUGCUUCGGCGACGUCAUCAUUCCGAACCCCCUGGACGCUUUUGGCAACGUGCCGAUGCCCAGUUCCACAGACCAGACAGAAGCGCUGCCCCUGGUGGUUCGGAAAAACUCAUCUGACCAGUCUGCCUCUGGCCCGGCCGCUGGCGGCCACCACCAGCCCCUGCACCAGUCGCCUCUCUCGGCCACUGCAGGCUUUACCACCUCCACCUUCCGCCACCCCUUUCCCCUUCCCUUGAUGGCCUACCCAUUUCAGAGUCCCUUAGGUGCUCCCUCUGGUUCCUUCUCGGGCAAAGACAGAGCCUCUCCUGAAUCCUUAGACUUAACUAGGGAUACGACGAGUCUGAGGACCAAGAUGUCAUCGCAUCACCUGAGCCAUCAUCCCUGUUCACCAGCACACCCUCCCAGCACGGCCGAGGGGCUGUCCUUGUCCCUCAUAAAGUCCGAGUGUGGAGAUCUGCAAGACAUGUCUGACAUCUCACCUUAUUCGGGAAGUGCAAUGCAGGAAGGAUUAUCACCUAAUCACUUGAAAAAAGCAAAGCUCAUGUUCUUUUAUACCCGUUAUCCCAGCUCCAAUAUGCUGAAGACCUACUUCUCUGAUGUCAAGUUCAACAGAUGCAUUACCUCUCAGCUCAUCAAGUGGUUUAGCAAUUUCCGUGAGUUUUACUACAUUCAAAUGGAGAAGUACGCACGUCAAGCCAUCAAUGAUGGAGUCACCAGUACAGAAGAGCUGUCCAUCACCAGAGACUGUGAGCUCUACAGGGCUCUGAACAUGCACUACAACAAAGCAAAUGACUUUGAGGUUCCAGAGAGAUUCCUGGAAGUUGCGCAGAUCACAUUACGGGAGUUUUUCAAUGCCAUUAUCGCAGGCAAAGAUGUUGAUCCUUCCUGGAAGAAGGCCAUCUACAAGGUCAUCUGCAAGCUGGAUAGUGAAGUCCCUGAGAUUUUCAAAUCCCCGAACUGCCUACAAGAGCUGCUUCAUGAGUAGAAAUUUCAACAACUCUUUCUGAAUGUAUGAAUAGUAGCAGUCCUCUUUGGAUGUCCAACUUGUAUGUGUUGAGAUUUUGAUUUCAGAUAUAUGUGUGUGGGAGGCAUGGAUAUGUUAUGAAAUCAGCUGGUAAUUCCUCCUCAUCAACUUUCUCUCAUUUCCUUUGGUUUUCCAUUACAAAGGGAUGGUUCUCUUCUUUCUACCUUUAGUUUACUUUUGCCCAAGGCCCUUAACAUUUGAAGACUUAACCUAGGAUUGAUUUUCAGGGAAAAAAAAAGAGAAGAAUGUUGGCAUGUGUAAAGUUUCUCUUUGCAAGGAAGGGCAUUUGUUCAAGAUGCAUCUGCUUGAUUAAUGGCAUAUUGUAAUAAUGAGAGGUGGAGGCAAAUCCGUGACAGAGCCCAACUCUACAGAUGGUGAUGUGUCUCUUGCUUUUACUGUUAAGCAGGUCUGAAAGUCUGAAAAUUCAAUGGAACCACUUCAUACACUUAAAAACUUUGUUUGGUUUGGAUUCAUUAAGUAAUAUUUCUUAAUAUGUUUAAAACUAUUGCUGAGGGCAGAUGAGCAGCUCACUUUUUUAAAAAUACCCUAAAAGACCAAAUUUUAAAAGAAAAAUCACCACUAUCAAGCUUUUCCUAAGAGAACCUAACAGUAGGUUCUCCUGAUCUAACUGGUUCCUAACAAAGGCAAAGCAAUUGUUUUACAAAACUGAAGAUGAGACCAGAAACUUAUACAUGGUCCUCUAGCUCCCCAUGUGUACUUUAUAGCAGGUUCUUUAUAAUAAAUGAGCUUAGAUCCGUUGUCAUAGAGAAAACUCUAUAACUUGUAAUCAUUUCUAUUUAUUUUGCUUCAGAUAUUGAAAGGCACAUAAGUUGCAAGGUGACUCUUGGCUCCAGUUUGUUUAUAUGCUUAAAAGGAUUAUCAUGUCUGUUUAAUUAACACUCUUUUCCUAAAACACUAAUUUCUGAAUACCUUUCUACAGUAAGGAAUAAAAGCAAUCCCAAUUGACCAUCAAAUCCUUGGCUACACUGGAAGUUUGUUGACAGCUGGUAUGGGAUUUGAUCUUCAUUAGGGGAUGAAGAGGAGCAUGUGUGAGAAUGACCUAUUUGCAUAUACAAUUCCACACUAUGUUGAUGGGUGACCACAGUGGGGACCGUCUAAAUGUUUCUUCAUUUUAGAUAGAACAUUGUCAAGCAACUGCUAAUAUCUCUUCUAAGUCAGAAGCUAGUAUUGACCAAAAUGCACAAGAGUGUAUAGCAUAGGAAAGUUUGGGGUUAUCUCAGAAGACACAAUUUCAGUACACCUAAGAAAGCUAGCUGCUAUUUUAUGCUUUCUUUAAUGGUUCUCCUCUUUUAUCCUUUCUUUUAUUUUGUAUCAGUUUUCCAGUGACGUACAAUGUCCUACACUUGCAUUCAAAAAAUCUGAAUUGCACUCACACUUGUUUUCUGAGAUGGAUUUUUGUGUACAGAUGCAGCAAGAAUUCAUUGUUCACUCUGUGUUUUCCAAGCCCUUCCUUCCCCUUAAGUAAUUUAAUACACACCUCCUAAAAUGACACAGUAACAACUCUAGUAUUUAAAACUCACAGAACAGAAUUUUUCUAAACAUCACACUUGCCUUUGGAGAAUGCAAAUAGACCCAUGUGACUGACUAGCUGAGCCGAGCAUUAUAGUUUAACUUCUGUUAUUCUGCUGAUGGGCAGGAAUUUGGGGACCCAAUGAUGGUUGGUACAAAGCCUUAAACUUGCUGACUUUAAAUAACAGUGCAGUCCUGUGAUGCUCUGCCUCAUUCAAGAGGCCCUCACAGAUGGAGGAUGGACAAGGCUAAUGUCCCAACCCUUUCUUCACAACUAGGGCCAUACUCAUCUCCCAACUCACAACCUCUAAUACAUGCAUGCAGAACCAAGAGAUAAUUUGUUGUUGUUCUGGAUUUCUUUUUUUUUUAAAGUCCAAACAAUCAAUACAUUGGAAUAGAAUACUUUAAAAACAAGAGAUAGGAAUCCGAUCAGCACACAAUAGUGAAGUGAUCUAGACCACUAGUCACACUCUUUCAACUUGAUUCAUGGGGAAAAGUAUGACAUUCAUUGUCAUGUUGGUUUACAACUGAGUGUUUGCUGUUCCUGGAAUUCACAACAAAAUAUUGCCCUGGUCUUAGUACAAGGCCAAAGCUGUAGCAUAUUCAUCUGGGUAGAUGGGUGGCUAGGUAUGAUCUUAAUCUGGAGCAAGUGAAAUAUCAAUUGGGAUAUAUGUGGAUUUUUAGUGUUACUUUCCCUUGACUUUCUAAUUUAAGUAGACAAAUUAGGUGAGUUAUGAAUGCUCAUAACCAAAUGCCGAUGCACCUAUCUACUGAAAAUCCCCUAUCUACUGAAAAUCACCAUUCACUGAGGUAUAGAAAAUAUUUCCAAGUAGAAGUCGCAACAUGAGAAUGAACUCUCUGUGUUCUGAAAAUAGAACUCUAUCUCUUUGCUUUUUGGUGGGUGCCCCCCCUCCUUUUACAAAUAUAGAAUCUUGUGCCUCCCAGUGCAUUGGAAAGUGACAAAAGCCUGUCUCUAGAAACUCCAAUUUAACAGUUAUUCUUUAAGGAAAAAAAUCACAUCAAAUCUUAGCUCAACUCUCACCAGGUGAAAACUGAAUCCAUGAGAAAAAGUUAACUUUAAAUGGCGAGAUUAUAAAAGAUGAGGAAUUGUUUACAUAGGAAAAAAAAAGUCUAAAGUCUCUUGUUGAAAUUCCACUUUAUCACUUGUUUUCUGCUAACCCUAAUUAUUUUUGCAUGUCCACUUGAGGUAAUAGUCUGUGCCUAGACUUAAAAUGCACCAGCGGGGGGGAUUUUAAAAAAUCCUUCAAAAUACUAGUUUUUCCCACAAGUACAAUUGUUCUUGUGCCUUCUGUGGCUUUCGAUUUCAUCUUUUAACUUUCUUUCCAAUUUCUACAGCUGCAAUAAACACUAGAUUUUCUUUUUCUUUUUUCUGGCUGUUUGACAUAAUGUUGAUAGCUAUGCAUAUUUUGUGUCUUUUUAAAAACAAAGCGGGAGAAUACGUUUUUGAAGAAGAGAAUUUUUAGAACAGUUUGAUACCGCAAAUUAUUUUUUUCUCAAUUGUUUGAGCAGCAUUCGAGUUUUGAAAAUUCUUGUAGAAGCCAAUUUUUUGUAACUGUGGUGCAAAUCUUGUGUUUUCUUAGCCUAAUAAAAAGUAGUAUAGAAGCAAUAUUUCAUACCAUGUGCUAUGUAUGUGUGUGCAGAUGUGUGAACAUGAGAACACAUACACACAUAUACACACAUGUAAAAAUAUACAUAUAUAUGCGUGUGAAGUGGAAAGCUUACCUUUUCCUCUCUAGAUUUAAGAACCUAUUUUAGGCAUUUGUUAUGUUUUGUGAAAAGAAGGUUCUAUUUGCAGCCACCAAACAUUUUAAUUUUUACUGUCUCUCUGGCUGUUUAAUGAGGAGUUUCACAUUAAAUGGUUAAAAAAAUACAUGGAAGAUGUUAGAAUGUAGUGGUUAUUUAAGUCAAUGUUCACCCACAUAUUUGCUUUGUGCCUCCGAGUAUUAUUUAAUUAAAGUGUUUUAUGUUUGCAGAAUCGUUGUUACUGUACUAGGGAUGUGGGUGAAUAUCAUUAAAGAAUUAAAACAACAACAAUAACAAAAAGAAAAAGAAAGCAGAAACACUAAAGUGAGAGGGGAACUUUUAUAAAGCAAUGUAAAUAUUGAUCCUUAUGGCUGUUGUUACGUAAGACAUGAGAUUUUAAUAAAUAAUGACAUUCUCACAUCUGUUUGACUUUAUUAGGAACACUACAGUGACUGUACAGACAGUUGAAAGCAUUCUUGAAAAUCCUGCUCUCUCCUUUUAAAAGAUAACAGUCUCUUUUAUCAGAUAUCCAGGGCAAGGGUAAUGCAGUUUCUGUAAAUUUAUGAAAUUUCUUUUCAGUGUACAUGAAGAUGUUUAGUAAGUAGUUCCCCCACACACACUCCCUCUACAUACAAACAGGUUAAGAUUGAGUUGCAAAGCUCAAAGAGUUAGAAGCUUUCAAAUUAGGAGGUCUCACAGAAGUAAUCCUAAAUUUCAUCAGAGAAAAUGUGGUUUACAGACUUCUCUGAAAGCAACAGUGUAUAUGAGGACAGUGGGAAUUCUCUUUGCCAUGUAUAUUAUAUUCAUUGGUGUGAAUAGUACAAAUGUUUCCUUCUGGUACAAGCUCUGUGUUUGCAAAUUACAAGAAGCAUUGUUUUCAAAAAGCUCCCCUAAAAAAAUAAUGUAACUGGUCCACAUGAGUUAAACAGUUACUAUUUUGCACUUAUAUAUGUUAUGUUGAAGGAAAUGCAGCUUGUUUUCUGUAGAUCUGUUGGUUGUAAACCAUCUAUAAAACUCAAGCUAAAAUGCUUGAAUUCAGAGCUGGGAUCAAAACUGGUAUUGGAUCUUGACAUCUUCUUACAAUGAUUCUUCUGCAUCUAUGACAGAAUGAAGAAGCGUCUGGACUUUGAGUCUUUUCAGCUGAGCCCUCUCCCACUCGGACACCCCCUAAAAUGCGCAAAACUGACAGGAGCAGGAAAGGCCAACUGGCUGGUCUUCCUUUGUGAGAAAACCUUCACUCUGUGGUUUUUAAAUACUCUAUUCUUCCACUCAAGUGGACAGAUCAUUUGAAAACUGUGUAUCACCACUUCAAAUUUAGAACUAGGGGGAAAACAAGUAUUUGGAGUUGGUCUCAGAGCCACCUAUAAGAAUCAAAGAUCAUGGCUUCUCCCAAUAUUAUCCCAGCCAUUUCUCAUCUGUAUAUAGUAUAAACCGUGACAAAACACUGCCUUUAUAUUAUUUAGCAAUAUGUUGUAAAUAGCAUUAUGAAGCUCUUUUUUUGUAAUAAAGACCCUUUGAUUUGAAUAUAGUACAAUAACUGAUAAAGUCAAUUUUUGAUUUUCUUUUUUUUUUUAGCUAGAGGCAAUUUCAAUUGUGGAUUUUUUUUUGUUAUUGUCUAUUGUUCUGAAGACUUUGCAUAAUUUAUUGGUUUAAUUUAUCCUAAUUUAUUUGAUGAAGGUGUACAAUUUUGUAUUACCAAGGAUGUACUGUAAUAUUAAUUGAUAUGAUAAAAAAAACAAUGAGACUCUCUGUCCAUAUUAAAAAGAAAAUAAAAAAGGUGCAGUAGACAAUUGAUUUUAAAGUAAAAGUAAAAUAAAAUAGUUUGGCAGCUACUAAAUUUUAAAACAGGAAAAAAAAAACAUAAGUUGUUGUGGGGAGGGUGGGAAGGGGGUUUUACUUUGUGUGUUUUAAGCUUUUGUAUAUUUUCCAAACUUUUACCUUUUGCUUUGUACCACUUAAAGGAUACAGUAGUCCAAUUGCCUUGUGUGCCUUCCAUUUUCUCUUAAACUGAAUGUAUGUGCAGUAUAUAUGCAAGCUUGUGCAAAAUAAAAUAUACAUUACAAGCUCA